AUGUCUUAUCUCAAAAGUCGAGUUGCUAGAAUUACAGAUAGGAAUUGCCCAUUUAAAAUAGUUAAGUGGAUGGCUAUUGUUAAGCUAUUAGUGUUAUUGAACGUUGUUUGUGGGUCAGUUGAGGAUAGUGAGUGUGAGUUGGUUGAUAGAACUAGAGAGUGUGAGUUGGUUGAUAAGAGUAAGGUUUAUAAUGAGAAACUCCGAGCUAGAUGGACGGAGUCAGCGAAGAUGGUUGCUCGAUUGAAGAAACUGGGCUUCGGGCCUUUUGAGGAUAACUCGACAGUACUGAUUAAGUCCUACAGUCUAGAGCAGCCAACAACUGCCGAAACCAGCGCCAACCCAAGCCCAAGUCCAACUAUACCAGAAGAAACGGAUUUGUCGGGGGUUAGUAUGGUUGAUACUAACUCCAAGUCUAUUGAGUUUAUCAUGCCAGAAUACUCAAGUGCUGACGAGGCUAGUGCGGCCUUUGCCCUUCUAAAUACGAUCGCUGUUAUCAAAGUCCUGCGGGCUUUGAUUACGUAUACAGAAGUCAAGUCAGAAUGGUAUGAAACGAACAUCUUAAUUGUAACGCGAGUCAUUAACAUGAUUCAGUGUGACGAGUUACAGCUUGAUUUGAAAUGCAUUACAGAACGUAAUGCUGAAAACCAGUCCAUCUGUGAUGCUAGUUUGCGCGAAGCGAAGAAAGUAGUCGAUCUUAUUCCUAAAUUGCCAUCCACGCUCGUAGUUAUGAGUGACACUUUUCCACAGGGAAACAAUAACGUCAUCGCUAUCCAGCAACAGUUUUUGUCUAUCCACUUCUACCAAAUAGAUAAAUUGCCCCGAAACAUUGACCAUCUAUGUUUAAGGGAUGACUUUAAUGUAGUUGUAUUCCCUAAUCCGACUCAGCCCACGAUUAACCUUACUUUUCUCUCCAGAACUUCUACCAAAUGCUCUGAAAUCACAAUUAAGGCCGCCGGUGAACAGCACCUAUUAAUAGUAGGUCUUGAGCGCCGCAUUAAACAGCACGAAGGCAUAAAAUUGGUGAUUGAUUGGGUAGAUCUUCAACGCAUGAGCAAUACCUCUAAACAUCAAAUCCAUGUACACACUAUCAUAGUCCAAGCAGAUGGCCCCCUUUAUACUAACCUACCAGGUCUUAGCAAGUCACAACCAAAACCCGGUCGUAGUCGUAUCUUUGCUGAGAAAAUUGUUGUUUUGGCGGGCACCCUUUUUCCUUGUAAAGCUUCUGAAUCCUCGAUCGACAAUUACAUAAGAGUUGCUUGUGUUAAAUAUGGUAUCUCGAUUAAAACAACCGAAGUCCGCUAUCAAGCUGACCGAUCAGACUUUUGUGAGACUCUCAGAACGCUUUGUACGCUUGGUGCUUUGCCUAAACUAGAAGAAGAGUCCUAUUCUGAUAAUUCCUGUCUUGGUUAUAAGCUUAAAGAUGCCGAUCAUAUAACGAUUGCGGUGCCCGUUAACUUUCUAGUUUUUCCGAUUUACUAUGGACAUUGCCACAUUGAUCCUAACUGUUUUCAUCUUAAAAUAAGAGAGAACCAGUACUUUUGCCAACACAUACACUACACCGAUAUCAAUAUUACUGGGGAACACAAGUGCUUGGGGCUUAUCCCUACGCUUGCCAUUGACAUCCUAAGUCAAUUCCGAGAUAUUACUGCCAAAAAGCUUACAAUCAAAAAUAUUCGCAAGCACUGUUAUACCGGCAGUUUUAGUUUGACCGAGCUCAACAAGGUGAUUGCCAGUGAACGCCACCAAUAUAAUAUGAAAGUUGAUGUUUUGACAUUGGAUAAUGUUGAUGAUAUGAUUGUCCAUUGGGUCUUGGGGAAAUAUGCCUUUGUUGGCUCGGUAGAAGUCCAUAUACUGAAUCAGAGCUACAAGAACCUUGCUAUUACCCAAAUUCUCUCUCAUUGGAAAGCUCGGAAUAUCGUAAAGCUUGUGCUCAAUGACCUUUUUGAAGUAAAGGAUAUUAAUCCCGACACCUUCGAAAAUCCAACCACGAGUGAUCAGAAGUUAGAUCUAGACAAGAACUACCACUUCUUCAGCUAUGUAGCGAAAAAAGAACAAGAAGGCUAUAGACUACAAAAUCUCUGUCUUUAUAAGCUGGUUUUGCAACUGGGGAUAAUUGAUCGUGAUUUGUAUGCUAAAGUGUUAUCUAAGCUAGCAAGUUUGAAAGUUCAAUGUCAGAUUGUUUCCGGCCAGGAAUACAUCACAAAUGCAAUAAUCAACUACAAUAAUCGAGUAUGUGAACUACGCCAUAAAGAAUUUAAGCUUUACAAGCUCAAGAUAAAGUGGUUAGAACGUGAUCUGGCCAUUCGUAAUAAUGAAAGCUUGUCCCAGCCCAACCAAACUCAAUCUAACGCCUCCCUAGUCCAAAAUACACAGGCUGGCACUUUCACUUUACACUUCCAAACUGGCCAGAUAUUAACCGAAGAGGCCUUAACGACUAUUAUUCGAUGGGUAAAUUGCAUAUCAGUGGGUCUGAAGACAUGGAAAUUGUCAAAUCUGGUAAUACCAGAGAAAGAGCGAAGUAAAAUAACUAGGGCAAGCUUUUGGGUUAGUGGCAUGGAUUCAUUCUUUACCUUUCAGAUAAGAGGUAAUGACUUGAUAGCUUGUCGGGACGAAUUGGCAGAUAAUUUACUUCAGAAACUAGCCUCGAGUAUUAUUGACUUCUCUAAAGAUGUUGUUACCUUUGUGAAAUCGAGCAGCCUGCACCAACUUGUUAAUCUAGACAGCGCACGCUUUGAGCCUGAAACACCUAUCCAUCGAUUCUUAAAGUAUUUCCAAGCUACAGAAGUCGCUUAUAGCUGUAUCUAUUGUCUUAGCGACCUUUAUCUGUCGGAUGAGUUAAGAGAUCAGCUAAAUGAAAGGCUUAUAAAAAGGUUGGUAGAUGAAGCAACGAAAGGUUUGGAUGAUGAGGAGAAGAAGAAAGAGAUAGAAGCUACGAUGAGGAACGAACUCGAAAAUAAGCUGUGGGAGUAUAAGGAAGAGUUGACAGAAGCUGAAAAGAAGCUGGUGGAAGAUAUAAAACAGUUAGAUAAGGAUAAGAAGGAAAUGGCAACAAGAAAGGCGAACUUGACGGACCAACAGCAAGCCUUGAUAGGGCCUAUGAGCUUCGUGUUCGUGCAAAACCAAAUUCAUGAUAGGCAGUUGCGCGAAAGGGAAGAAGAAGAAGUAAGGAGUAAGAAGAGCUGGCUCGCCUGCGCUUUCAGUUGGUUUACAUCGCAGCCCAAUAACAAUACGAUGUCAACAGAAGCCGACGCCAACAGAGCCCGCCUGCGUGAGGAACAGACUCCGAUGUGGCUAAGAAGAGUCACAGAGCAGGUAGACCGAGAAGUAGAUCGACAUGAAAUGUUACAAAAACAAGCUUACAUCGAUGAACAGAAGAUAUACCAACGAGAGAAAUGUCUAUCUGAAUUCAAGAAGAGUAAGGUUAGCGGUCAAUACUCUACUUUUGAAGAUAUUUGCUAUUUCAACUGUGGUCAUUUUGUUUGUAGUGACUGUCUGUUUAGUUUGAUGUCGGACAAGAACUGGAUAAAAUGCCUCAUCUGUCAGGAAGUGGUUCCAUCUUCUCAUGUUUAUCGCCAACUUGUGGUUAAGACAUUCCCUAUUUCUAUGUUCGACAAAAGCCGAAUUGAAGCACAUAAUGGCUUGAACGAAGCUCUAACCACAACACCAGAUGAGAAGCAUUAUCUAAUAUACUGCGUUGAUACCUAUGUGCAAGAACCCAAUGAGAAUACAACAAAACCUAAAGAUACAACCGAUCAUCCUUCUCAGUCAUCAACCCAAGCAGCCGACAUACUCCCUGACCAAAUACAUCUCCUCGACUAA